AUGGCCUCUCUGAGCAUCAGUCCUGACAGAUCUCAGUUCUUUGAAUAUGAGUCUGUCUCUCUGAGCUGUGAGGUUCAGAGGGGCUCUACUGGAUGGAGAGUGGUGAGGAACACACUGAAAGGAGGGACUGAAGAGUGUCCCACUGACUGGGGAUUUUUUAAAGGGUCUUCAUGCACCAUAUCAGCAGUACCAUCAGACAGUGGAGUGUACUGGUGUGAGUCUGGGUCUGGAGAACACAGCAAUGCUGUUAACAUCACAGUACAUGAUGGGGCUGUGAUCCUGGAGAGCCCUGUCAUUCCUGUGACUGAGGGAUAUUUUGUGACUCUGCGCUGCGUACAUCAAGAUAAGAAAACGAAGGAAACAUCCUCAAACUUCAGAGCUGAUUUCCAUAAUGAUGGAUCCCUCAUCAUGACCAACACUACAGGGGAGAUGACCAUCCCUGCAGUAUCCAAGUCAGAUGAAGGGCUCUACAAGUGUAACAACCCUAAAGGAGAAUCACCAGAGAGCUGGAUGACUGUGACAGUUCCAUCUUCAGCUCCAGGGCCAGCCCCAUCUCCAGCAGUCCCAGUGUGGUCCAUCUCUCUGCCCAGGCUGCUGUGUAGUCUACUAGUAGUGUCUCCUUACCUGCUGGUGACCAUCAUACUGGUAGUGAUAUGCAACAGCCGCAGAAGCAUGACUCGAGCUCAAUCUGAUGAAGAGAAGAAAAGAUGUACUGUCAUCACAUAAUCAGGAUGGAAUGUUACGCAACAACACACUUUAUGGGAACCAUGUUAAUAUGGUAACAUCGGUGAACAUUGUUAAAGAGAAGAGUAACCAUGUUAUUGUUGUUGUGUUGUUGAGUACACACACUACUGUA